AUGGCCAAAAAGAAGAAGAAUAAGAAUAACAACAACAACCGCCUCCCCGUCGGCUCCGCUGCUCAAACCUCCAAGCUUGAAGACAGCACUAAUCAGCCUGCUCUCGACUCGGAGGCUGUAGGUGCUGAAGAUGAGGUCGGCAAGCUACAACUCCCUACAUACCAGUAUCAGCCCGUGGAGCGUCAUUAUCAAACCUUUGAUUUCAACACUUCAUCUUAUUAUACUUAUCCUAUUGCACCUUCCAAUACCAAUGAUCUGACGGCGCCCAAGGUCCAGGACGACAAAAGGCCAAGUGCCGAACCCGAGAAGGAGACUCCUCCAGCUGAGGCUGCAGUAGAGGAACCAAGCAGCUCUCCGGAUGAGAGCCCAGCAUCGCCAGAAAAUGGAGACUCUUCAGAGGCCACACCACCGACUGAGCCUGCUGAAGCCGCCGACGGCCCCGGGGAAGAUGCCAAAGAAGAAGACAAGGACGUCGACGCUUCUGCAGGAGAUGAACCUGCGCCGAGUACCGAGAACGAAGCUCCUGCGGCGGACGCCACUGAAGAGCCGCCUGCAGACGGUGCAGAAAGCGCAGAACCUGAGAAGACCGAAGAGGCGUCGGAGCCAGCAGCAGAUGACUGCCAACCAAAGGAAGACGACGACAAUGGAAACAAUGACGAAGAUUUUCCAGAGUGUGACCCUGAACUCGGACUCGACGAGGUAGAAUCUGAGAAGGAAGCCGCCAAGCAGGCUGCAGAGGAUGCCGAAGCUUGGGGAGACCUUGCCGACGCCAAUGAAAGCAAGGAUGCUCCGGCCGACGAUGCUUCAGCUGAAAGUAAUGAAGAGCCUGCACCUGACGAAUCUUCACCGGCUAGCAACGAGGAGCUGGCUCCCAACAAACCGGAUGAAGCAGUCGAGGACGCAACUCCCAAAGACGACCCAGCUCCGACAGAAGCAGGGGAAGACUCCCCACCGAGUGAAGGCGGCGCUGAACCCGAGAAAGAAGCAGAAGCUCAGCCUGAAGAACAGCCAGCUUCCACCGAGCCAGAGCAAUCACCAGCAGAGGUGGCUUCUCCCCCGGAAGAGAAGCCUUCGGAGGAGCUCGCGCCAGAGCGCGAGCCUCAGCCGGCAGAGACUUCUUCAAAAAAGAAAAAGGAUAAAAAGAAGAAGGGAAAGGCCGUUAAAGCCGCCGAGAGUGCUCCAAAGCCUGACCCUGAGCCCAAGGCCGAUCCCGAGCCCGAGCCCGAGCCUGAAUCGGCGGAAACUUCAAAAAAGAGCAAGAAGGACAAGAAGAAGGCCAAAAAGGCCGCCAAAGCCGCCGGGAAUGCUCUUGAUUCCGAGGCGAAACCUGAGUCUGCAACGGAACCUGCCACAGAUCCAGCUCCUGCACCCGACGAUCCAGGCCCGGAUGAAUCACCAGAGAAUGCCAGUGAGACUCAAGAGCCAGCGACAAAGGCCGAUGAUGCUACUGCAGAGCCCGCAGCUACCGAAGACUCUGGAGAAUCUCAGUCUGCACCAGAGGAGGAAGCACCAGCUGAACUCGCCAAAGAACCUGAAGAGCCGGCUGAGGAUCCUGCACCCGAGGCUGCACAGAACGCUUCGGGCGAUGCUGCAGUUACGGAAACGGCUGAAGAAGUCCCGAAGGCCGAAACUGCAGAAGAGCCAGUUCCUUCUGAGACCGAGGCCAAAUCCGAGCCUGAACCACCCGCCGAACCAGCCGAGCAGGAACAGAAGGAAGAAGCUCCUGCCGAAGAAGCCCCUGUAGAACCCGCUGCGGAAGAACCUUCUGAAGAUGCACCCGCUGAGGAGACGGCUGUGGAAUCAGCUCAUGAACCACAAGCCGAAGAUGCACCGGAAGCAGCGACUGCAGAGGAGCAAUCUUCUUCUGAACCACCUGCGGAAGAGCCUGCUGCUGAGAAGGCGCCUGAAGAAGCACCAGCUGAACUCACUCCUGCACCAGAUCCCGCUCCCGAGGAACCACCUGCCAAGGUAGCCGAGGAGCCCGUCGAGAUGAAAGAGGAGGAAGCAACACCACCACCGGAGGAGCCUGCAGCUGUGGAGGAGCCUGUAAAAGAGUCUCCCGUCGCUGACGAGCCCGCUGACGAUCCUCCUGCUGAUUCAAAGCCCGCUGAAGAGCCCGCUGAAGAGCCCGCUGAAGAGCCCGCUGAAGAGCCCGCUGAAGAGCCCGCUGAAGUGGAAGUGACUAAUGAGGAGCCUGUAGCCGAAGCUCCUGCUGAAGAGGCCCCAACGGAUGAAGCUCUGGCCGAGGUGCCUGCUGAAGUUGUUCAUACUGAGGAACCCGUGUCUGAGCCACCUGCUGCAGAAGAACCAGCUCCCGCAGAGCCCGUGCCUGAAGAGCCUGCAGCAGCCCCAGAAGCCCCGGCUGAAGAACCUGUCCCAGAAUCAGAGGUUGCUGAUUCGGCUCCAGAAGCACCUGAUGAGCCACCAGCGGAAGAGUCUGCUGCGCCUGAAGAACCACCAGCCACAGAGAGUGCAGACACGCCUCCUGUAGAGGAGGCAGCUCCUGAGCCGGUGGAAGAUGCACCGGAACCGCAACCAGCCAUUGAGACACCUGCGGAUGCCGCGCCUGAGGUUGAUGAAACAUCAAGCGAGAUCCCUACCCCUGAUGCACCAGAGGAGCCAGUAGCCGUCGAGCCUGCUGCUCCGGAGACUGCAGCACCUGAAGAAACUCCAGCGGAGCCACCAGCAGAGGAUCCCGCUCCUCCAGAAGAGCAAACUAAGGAUAUCCCUGCUGAAGAGGCUCCAGCUGAAGCUGACCCAGAACCUGUCGAUGCCCCCAUGGAAGAAGUCCCUGCAGCUGACAACAACGCACACGAAGACGAAGGUCCGGAGCCUAUCCCGGAAGCUGCUGUAGGACCUCGUGACGAACCCGAGCCUGAGUUCAUGGAAGACCCCACUGGCGACGCUGGUGAUGCGGCCGCUAGAGAACGCCGGCGCAAGAGGCGCUCGCCCACUAGUGGUCGUGAGCGACGAUACUCGAAGACAUCAUCCGACGGACGUCGUGAUCAGCUCCAACGCCAGAAGAGCGAGCGUGGUGUGUUUACAAACCGAUGGGCCAUGGCUUUGGAAGAGGCUCGUCGGCAGCAUGACGAGAAGGAGCGAGUCAAGGCACAAACCCGGCGAAGGUCCGAAGCCGUCGCCGCCGACAAAGCGCGCAGUGGAAUUUCUCCCUCGGAGAAGCCCAAGCGCUCAGAGCGUGCGGUGAAGGAGAAGGAACCACUGAUUGUCGAGGCUAAGCCCAAGCGUCGUGCGUCCCAUCAAGAGUCGAGCCGACCCGUCAAGGCUCCUCCAUCUUCGAAACAGGUAUCUACCUCCGCUCCCAAGCCUAAGGCUUUCCUUCGGUAUAUGAGCAAUGGUCAGUCGGAGAACACUGGCCCUCUUGUGCGCGUCAACACCUCCAAAUCCAUGUCCAAGUCCACAGCUCCAACGUCUGAACGGUCCCGCAGAGGUUCCACAUCUCACAGCCACGGCAGCGGACCCCGCGACCGUGGUUCCAACGAGGAAAGAAGAUCUAGCGGACGGUCUAGUGGGUCACACUCUCGUCGCGAGGACGAUGCCGCCCGGCAAGAGAAGAAGACUCGUCGCCGAUCUGUCAUUGAGCCCGAGGUCAGCAAACCCCGGGAGAAGGUCAGCCGAGAGAAAGAGAGAAAGCACGAAAGCUCUCGGCGCCACGGAAGCAGCCAGGAGAAGGAGCCUCGUGAGAGGCGCGACAGCCAUGAACCUCGAGAGCGCACUCAUCGCCGACAUCGACGCGAGGAGUCUCCGCCCAGAGAGCAGUCGAAGCUGAAGGGACUCUUCAGAGCCAUCACUGCGUUUUAA